UGGUUCAGGUAGAGAAGCAUUUUCUUUUUGCUGUGUCUUCCUUCCUUUCUCUCUCUCUUUCUGGAUACAUAGAAUGCUUUUAUAAACACCACCAAGGCAUUAAGCUGCUACACUAACAUACUGAGUACCCAUGAAGCAUCCUUACAUGAACUGGACUCUGUUUUAGAAACAGAACUCUUGGAAAUGCAUUGAUAAGAUGGCUGAACAAAGGCAGCGUUCUUUAUCUACAUCAGGAGAAGCUCUCUAUGAACUUAUAGGUCUUGAGAAGGGGGCAACCCAUGAAGAAAUUAAAAAAUGUUACAGGAAGUUGGCUCUGAAAUAUCAUCCAGACAAGAACCCAGAUAACCCUGAAGCUGCAGAAAAAUUUAAAGAAAUCAACAAUGCUCAUGCAAUACUAACUGAUGUUUCCAAAAGAAACAUAUAUGACCAAUAUGGAUCAUUAGGCCUGUACAUAGCAGAACAAUUUGGUGAAGAAAAUGUCAAUACGUACUUCAUGCUUUCUAGCUGGUGGGCAAAGGGCCUGUUUGCAGUGUGUGGCCUUUUGACUGGCUGCUACUUUUGCUGCUGUCUGUGUUGCUGUUUCAACUGCUGUUGUGGAAAAUGUAAGCCCAAGCCACCCGAAGAAGAGCAAGAGUUCUGCAUGUCUCCUGAGGAUCUGGAAGAACAAAUUAAGAGCGACUUGGAAAGAGAUGGAGAAACUCCAAUUCUACUGCAGCCGACUAAUGCAACUGAGAAAACCCAGCUUAUUGGAGAUGGUCGUCGCAGCUACCACACAGAUUCAUAAGCAAGCAGCAAUUGAAGUUGUAAUGAAUGUCAUUGAAAGAAUCCUGAGUAACAAACAUGGUUAGAGCCUUUUCACUCAUGAUGCUAGUACUGCUGCAAUCCUAUGCAUAUUUACUUGGAAGUAAGUCUCAUUGAAUUCAGUUGAGAUCUCCUCUUGAGUAAACAUGCCUGGGUUUACACUAUAAUGGGGUCUUUGAGCCCUUCUAGUACUGUUUGCUUGUAUGUAUGCAUGUAA